CCACAAUACAUUUAAUCUGUGUUUGUUACGAUGGCGUUGUGGCAUCUCUUAACAUAUGUUCUGCUUACAUACAGCACAGGGUCCAGAGCUAAAGACACUGUGUUUGUGAUGACAGGAGCUUCUGUACAACUGAAUAUACAGACAGAUAAACCUGAUGAGUUUGAUGAUAUAGCCUGGAAGAAAGACAAAUUACAGAAUGUAGUAAAAUAUUUUUCUGUAUCAAAUGAAGUUAGACCUCACCCUUCUUACAAUGACAGAGUGGAGUUUAAUACUGAAAGUUUCUCUCUGACACUGAGGAACAUGAAGAAGACAGACAGUGGAGUUUAUACAGCAACAGCAAGUGGGCAUAAUGAUACACAUAUGGCUGAACACAGAGUCUCUGUUAUAGAUGCAGUUGAAGCUCCUGUCCUGACAGUGAACUCAAACUCUAGUACAGGACUCUGUAACUUCACAUGUAACACAAAUAUUUUUACAAUCUACUCCGUAAUUAAUAACAGUAGGAGCUGUUCAGAGGAAGUGACAUCAUCUGAAAUCUAUCAUACAAGUCUGAGAUGCAUUGAUGACUUCAUCAUUUGUAACCAUAGCAACCCUGUCAGCUGGAAGAUGGACACAAAGACCAUUGAACCAAUCUGCAUUGUUCGUCAAGAUCUAGAUAAAAGGACUGCUACUGUGAUAUCUGCAAGCCUUCACUGGUUAAUCCCCAUUAUUUGUAUAUCAUUGGGUUUGUUUGGUACAGGGGUUGGCGUAUGUUUCUACAAGUAUAAAAAAGGUGCCCAGGAUUAUACAGUCUAUGAAGAAUGUGAGGAGAAAAACAAAACACAAAAAUCUCAGGAGAUGUUGGAUAUUGGAUCAGGGAAUGCUCACACUGUGUAUGAUACUGCGAAUAAGCAGCCUGAUGAUUCCAUCCAGACCACGCCCACUCCAGACUCUACCAAUCAGAGCAAACCAGAGACAUCAAAGACUAUCUACUGUGCCAUUCAAAAGCACUCAACACCACCAGCAUCUGAAAGUGAUAAGACCAUUUAUGCUGUGGUUAAUAAACACUCGACUAUGUGUGAAACGGUGCACUAACAAUGACAUUCAAAGGAUCUACACAAGCGUACUGCACAAGCCCUGAAAAGUGAAGCCAAAACGUCUCGAUCGCCCCUCAGUGACUGGUCCCAGUAUAGGUCAUAAACCCCACCUCCCCCAUGUUAUUCAAUGGGACUUGAGACCAACUAAACAAUUUAAUUACAAUUCAGUUAUCUUUUUUCCAAAGCUGGUUUCUGUUAUUUACUGUAGUUUUUAUCACGCUGAUGUAAAUUCAAGUGUUUGUUUUUAGUUAGUCAUUUAAUGCUAUAAAAACAGUGGUGUCACGUCAUGAUUGACAGCUGUUAUAUUUGCAUUCUGCGAGGGCGGGCCUUGAUUUCGCCGCUUUACUUCCUGCUCACUACUGCGCAGGACUGGUCCCGAAAUCGCUACUCUGCAGACUCAAGACCCAAGAUGUCAGCGCCGUAUCGGGACACUGGCGGCUUCACUUUUCACCAAUGGAAGAGAGCGAACGGGCGCCAUACAUCUUUUUUUACAGUCUAUGGAUCUACAGAUUAAAUGACUUCUGAAGCAGGAGUCCUACUUUUUUCUGUGGUGUGGUCAACAGUUUUCAAUUCUGUACUGUUAUGUACAAUGUUUUGUCUGUGUAUGUACAGUAAUUGUGCAGUGUUUUUAUUAAAUGUGUACAUAAGCUUGUAGAAACUGAUAUAUAAAAUCAACUUCUUCUUUAAUGUGCCAUGUGAUUACAUUAAUGUUUGACAUUUUUUAGGUGCUUUUUAAUAUAUCCCUGGAUUGUUUCAAUGUAAUCUUAAUUGGUGCAUCUGUCUUUCUGACUUUUUCUGGGACAAAAAGUGAAUCAAUAAAAAUACAAACAACUGUUUUUAAAUUUAAGAAAAUAAAAUAAAACCACUGACUCUUAUCAUAGAUUUCUAUUUCAGAUUUCUCAGCACCUGUGCAGUUACACUUCAAACCACUUCCUGGAAAGUAUAUACAUCACAUGCAUGAGCAGUCUUGUUGUAAACCUACAUAAUGUUAUGCCCAAAAUCAUGCUCAUGUGUAGAUCUGUGUGUUUAACAUGACCUCUGCCUCUGAUGUACCUGAAUGCACCACAAUUUUUCCUCUGGAUUAUACAAAUCCUCCAGAAGAGAGAAACACUGCUGGACCACAUGUACAACAUUUUAUACUUGUUUAUACGUUUUCAUACGUUUUACUUUAUACAUACAUUAUUUUAUACACACUGUUGAUAUUUGAAGGUUAUAAACAAAGGAGUAAAUAUUUUCAGCAUGAUUUAGGCUUAUAUGUAAUUUAUUUAAUUCAUAAUUUGUUACUACUCCAAAUGAGAUAUAAAAGAAAGAUAGAUGUUUAAUAAUGAGAUUUAAUACAAAAUCUUUUAUUCUUUUAGGGAUUUAAAAUUGAUCACACAUAUCUUCUAGGACUGUUUCUAAAUUUUGUAUGUAUUUGUGUUGUAUUUUAUUAAAUAUGUAUUAACUUGCAACGAACACCAGAGUUUUUGUAAAUUCUGAUGAUUUAAAGUAUUGUGAAAACAAAUGCUGUCAUGACUCUUAACUCUCUUGUCUGUCACAUUGAGCUAGCCCCGGACAUUUGACCUGCAUUUACUGCAGAAGUUAAAACUACUGUAGAAAUGAGAAGUGACAAAUUUAUAGCCUACUUCCUGAACAACAGCUCUGCUGUGACCACAUGUUGCAACACAGACUGCUUACACAUUAUAAUACAAACACAUACACUUAAUGCACAUAUCUGGAGAAAUUUAGCAACUCUGGAUUUCUAUACAUAAUAAAUUAAUUAAAAACACACUCCAUAGUUAGGUCCUUCAUAAAUAUCAAAUAAGAUUAAAGUAUGCAUUUAUUUAAUUAAUUU